AUGACAUAUUUACAUAGUCAGGCAUCUGUUAAUAACGACGAAAGUCAGUAUGUAUUAGAAGCUUCUGUUGAUAAUACACGAAACUUAUCCUUGCUUUUAAAAGCAAUUCAUUUCAGAGACGUUGCUACUGUAUGUGCAACGUCAGAUGGCCUUAAAGUGACUGUUGAAGAUACAAAAUCUGUGCAAGGCAAUGUUUACAUACAAGCAUCAUUGUUUCAUGAAUAUGUGAUAAAAGAGCAAACUGUGGUUUUUAAAGUUAAUUUAAGUGUCUUAUUAGAGUGUUUAAAUGUGUUUGGAAAUAAGAACAAUCCAAAUUUUAUCACCACUGUAAAAAUUUGUUAUGGAGGUUAUGGAUCACCUUUAGUUUUACUGUUAGAAGAAAAUGGCGCUUUAACAGACUGCAAGUUACAAACAAUGGAACCAGAUGACAUAUUAGACUUUGAAUUUACUCCUUCCAAAGUUGUAAACAAAGUAAUUAUGCAGUCAGAAAUUUUGAAAGAAGCUUGGGCUGAUUUAGACAUGAAUAGUGAAUUUUUAGAAAUUUUGUUGUCGCCUGAAGAACCUUACUUUCAACUCACUACUAAAGGAACCCUCGCCACCAUACAUAUCAAUUUUACAAAAGAUUCAGAUAUGAUUGAAUCAUUCGAAUGUACCACCACACUCCGAAACAGGUACCAGAUACUUCUCAUAAAACGUUCUCUGCGAGCUCUCAUACAAUCUCAAAAAGUUUCAAUACGUACUGAUGACAGAGGGUUUUUGUGCAUGCAAUAUAUGAUAAAAGUGGAAGGUUCUCAAUGCUGUUUUGUAGAGUACCUGUGUUCCCCAAGUAUUUCAGAAGAGGACACUUAGUGUUAUAGAGUAUCUCUUUUGCAAUUUUGUUGAUGUAUCGUGUUAAUCAAUCAUGUAAAUAUGUAUUUUUGAAGCAAUGUGUAUAUAAAAUUAUUACUUCUG